AUGCCAACCUUUAAAGAUAAUAUGAAGUCUAUGUUUGGUAUGCUCAAAAAACCAGAAACAAAGGAAUCACAUAGCGCUGACGCUGAUACAAAAACUAAAGCUAUUGAUCCACUAAACAAUAAAAAUAGUCUAAUUACCAAUAGUAACAUCAACAAUUCAAAUUCUCCUAUGGUAAAACCAACGUCAUCAAAAAAGUGUGAAUUAAUUGCAGCCAACGUUCCAAUUGAAAAAGAGAAUGCUGAUAAGAAGAAAACAACUCAAUUUGCCCCCAAACAGAUUGUAAAUAAAAGUCGAGACACAAUUAAAAACUAUGAUCUAUAUAAAUAUGAAUACUAUUCAGCACAACCAAUUUUUGAUCAUUUGUCUCCAAUUUUUUCAAACAAUAUAAAACUCAAAAACCAAAUUCAAUUGAUUAUUGUAUUAAUGGGAGGCCAAGCUAUAUUAUUACAUUUUAAAGAUGAAAAAAUGAGUUUUUCAUUUAUGAAAUUAAAUUCUUUAAUUUUUGGAAUUAGAUUAAUUAUAAGUAUUCCAAAAGAAAAUUUAAAAAAUUUAAAUAUACAAAUUGAAAUAACAAAUUUCCCACCAAUACAUUUUAAAAAUGGUAAUGAAGUUUUUAAAGUUUUAACAUUUGAAAAUUUUGAAAUUAUAAAAUUUUUAAAAGAAUAUAAUUUACAAAUUUUAAAAAUUAAUAAUAAUAAUUUUAAAUUUAAUUUAUUACCACUUAAUUUUGAAAAAAUAUAUCCAAGAUUUUAUAUAACAAUUUAUGGAAUAUCAAGUUUAAUUCCAAAACAAAAUUUAAUUUCCAUUUUUAGAAGAUUAGGUGAUUUAAUUUCUUUUAGUUUUGCUCCAGUUGGUUUAUUGACAAAAUAUCAUAUAAUUAAUUUACAAUAUUCAAGAUUUAUUAAUAAAUUUAAUUUGAUUUAUAAUAUUAAUUCAAUUUUUAAAAAUUAUAAAAUUAAAAUUAAAGUUAAGGUAAAUUUUCCAAAACAAAUUGAACCUAAUAAUAUCAUUAAUGAGAAAAUUAAACUGGAUGGAAUGAAAAAAACUGUUCAAUCCAGAAAAAUUGCAACAAUUGAGAAUAAACCACUUUCAAAUGAAAAAGAAAACUCAAAACCUGAAACCAAUUCUACUCCGAAGUCUAAAAUUAACAAACAAAAUAAAACGGUAAAAACCAAAAGUCAAGCCAAAAAGACUAAAAAAAGUUAG